CAGCAGUGGCAGAAGCAGCAUCCGCCGGACUGGACCUGAGCAUCAGUGAGGUGCUGGUGGCAGCUGCCCUGUGCUCUCUUGAAGGCCCCUGCGCCCCGUCCCGGGCCACCCCCAGUCUCCCAGUGCUGCCAUGCUCGGGCCCUAGCCCCCACCUUGGGUCCCCCUUCCCUCCCCAGCCUCCUUUCGGCUCUUUGCUUCCGUGGGGGCAGCGGCGAGGGCAGUGUGCGUGAGCUGGGGUGGCCGCCGCUGCCUCCCGCCCCGCAGCCCCUUGCCCUCUCCCUCGGCCCUCCUCCUCUUCCUCCUUCUCCUUCACCUCCACCUUCUCCCUCUUCAACCUCCGUCUCCGUCGCUGUGUCUUCAAUGGGCAAUCUGCUAAGCGGGACCAGCUUCAAGGAGCCCACCACCGUGGAGGACUGCGACUCCACCUGGCAGACGGACUCCGAGCCGGAGCCGGACGAGGAGGAGGACAGCCGAGACGGCAGCGGCCCCGGCAGCCGCGAGGGCCCGGGGCACGAGCCCGAGCAACCAGCGGGGCCACCUGCUAGGGCUAGCCAGCGGUCAGAAGACAGCCCCGCCGCACCUGAGGGAGACGCAGACGCCACCAGUAGCAAGGAGCAGAAUGACGAUUCCACUGAGUUGGCUGCCAAACCAAAGAGAAGCUUUUAUGCUGCCAGAGAUUUGUACAAAUAUCGACACCAAUACCCACAGAACUUUAAAGAUCUCCGAUAUCAAAAUGACUUAAGUAAUCUCCGUUUUUACAAGAACAAAAUUCCCUUUAAACCAGAUGGUGUUUACAUUGAAGAAGUCCUAAAUAAAUGGAAAGGAGAUUAUGAAAAACUGGAGCAUAACCACACUUAUAUUCAAUGGCUUUUCCCACUGAGAGAACAAGGUUUGAACUUUUAUGCUAAAGAGCUAACUACAUAUGAAAUUGAGGAAUUCAAAAAAACAAAAGAAGCAACUAGAAGGUUCUUCUUGGCUUACAAAAUGAUGUUAGAAUUUUUUGGAAUGAAGCUGACUGAUAAAACUGGAAAUGUGGCUCGGGCUACUAAUUGGCAGGAACGGUUUCAGCAUCUCAAUGAGUCUCAGCACAACUACUUAAGAAUUACCCGGAUUCUGAAAAGCCUUGGUGAGCUUGGAUAUGAACAUUUUAAAUCCCCUCUUGUAAAAUUUAUUCUUCAAGAGGCUCUGGUAGAGAACACUCUCCCAAAUAUCAAGCAGAGUGCUUUGGAAUAUUUUGUUUAUACUAUUAGAGACAGAAGAGAAAGAAGGAAACUCCUCCGGUUUGCUCAACAACAUUACACCCCUCCAGAUCAUUUUAUUUGGGGACCUGCUAAAAAACAAAAGCCUGAAGGAAGCAAAGCAGCAAAGACCCCUACAUCUCCUGUCUCUGGUCACAAUAGUCAAUCUAUGCAGAAAAAAUCCAAGGAGUCUAAGAAUAACUGCACAGCUGUUCAUUUAAGUAGCAAAGCAGCUGAAGAAAAUAAGGGAGAAUUGAAAGAAAAUGGAGAAAAUGCAGAUCGGCCUAGAAUGGAGGCUGGUAAUGAAAUUGCCAAGCCAAGAAAUAGUGAAAAGGACAGCAGUGCUGGAAGUCCAAAUUCUAAGCCAGAAAAAACUAUUAAUAAUCUCUUAGAUAAAAAGGAGAAUGCUGCUUCUGUAGAAAAAAGUGAGGACAGUGAAUGUCAGAGCCUGGAUUGUGAAAAUUCAGGAGUUCAAAGGAAAGGUUCCUCUGAUGAGGAUGGCAAGAACUGCUCUAGUAACUCUUCAGAAAACACACAAACCAGUUUAGGUAAGGAAAAAACUGUUGUAGAACCCAUCCCAAAGAACAAAGAUGAGGUCAAAUCCUAAAAUUGGGACCUAGACAUCUGUUUGUGACAAUUUUUGUUGUUUUCAUUUUGGAAGUCCUGAAACAAGAUGCAUCAGAUAAUGCUUUUAGGCUCUGAGUUUUCAAAUUCAGUUUUGUAUACAAUUUAUAAUAGCUUUAAAGUAACAUUCUUGGUACCUUGAAACAACUGUGUUUGACUUAGAAAUAGUUCCUUUUAGGAUAGAUUGCAUUCUAUACAGGGAAAAACAAAACAGUUCUGUUGUGUUGUGUUACACUGCUUCAUUCUUUACUUAGUUUAUUUAAAAUAAAAGAAAGUAGAGAUCUCUAGUCUUCUCAGAUGUAUUCUAAAAGCAAUUUGGUCUUUGGGGAGUACCUCAAAAAAGCUUAUUUUGAAAAUCUUCAAAAUGAAAAGGAUAUUCUUGGUUUAGUCACCCUGAUAUGCCUAAAUCCCACUUUUAAAAUCUUUGUAAAUUGAUAAGAUAAGUUUCCAGGCAGCAUUAAGAACUUCCCAUUUAAAGGAUUAUGCUGACCUUCAGCUUGAAUUUGAAAUAGAAUUUUGGCUGGAGUGUAACCUUAAAUUCCAUAGAUUUUCUCUUAAAUCAUAGCUAUGUUUUCCUGAGCUAAGCACUUAAUAUAAAUUUUGAUGCCAAAGACACAGAGAAACAUUAUUUCUGAGGACAUUGUGUUUGCUUUAGUUAUUGAUCCUGUGUCUUUCAGAUAAUUAUGUAUAUACAGAAAAACUGAAGACAGGAAGAAUGAAAAGAGGGAGGAUUUUUUAAAAGUCUUUAAAAACAAAGUCAUGAAACCCGUUCUACUUUGCAAGGCAUUUAACAGUAUAAACACAGAUAUCUCUAUAAGGUGCCUUAUAAGAUCGAUACAUUGAUGUGGUCCUCUAUAUAAUGAAAAAAGGACUGUGUGAUUCCCCGUUUUAAAGUGUUAAGCUUUGAAAUUGGAAAAACAAAGGCUGAAAUUCAUUACGCUUGGUUUGAAUAUACUUAGAAUGCAGGACACCAAACCAUCCAAGAUUUCAUCUCUGCAGGCAUUCAUCAGUGCAGACUGUAAACCAUACUAGAUGGUUACACAAGUUGCUAUAGAUUUAAAAAAAUCCUGAUGGCCAACAUUCUGGUGAUAAACCUCUCCAAACUUAGGCUGGUUCUUACAUAACAGAUACACAAUACACAUGGCCAUAUGUGAAGCCUUCAAGCUUGCCUUCAAGGAUCUGUCAGAGAUUGAGCUACAGUUGCAUAGCCUUUGAAGACCUAAGGGUCCCUAAUACCCCAGGAAAUCAUUGAAGUAGGCUUUUCAUGGAGGUUUUAGUAUACAUAUCCUAACUUUCAAAAGUCUGUAUGAUUUAUUUUUAAUUGGGUCAUUUGUAGAAAUUGUGAGUAGAAAAUGGAGAAUCAUAAUCACUUUAGUAAGAAUUUUAAAGCAUGCACCUUGAACUUACUCUUAUCAAUAGAUACAGUAUUUUUGUUUUAUUCAUUUCUUUUGGGAAGAACUUGUUUUCCUUAUUUUGUUUUACAUUUUUUGGAUAGGGGCAUCUUAAAAGUUGUAAAUCCAGAAAAAUACUUUAAUAUGUACUACUUUGUAUUCUAUUGCAUGUUUCUGUUCAGCUACUUUCUUCCAGUGUUGUAUUUUGGUGGUCUUGGCCAUUACUUCCCUACCCCACCCAACUCCCAAGUUCAAUAGGCUAUUAGAGAUAUGUUUUAAUGUUAUUAUAAUGUUUGAUUAUUUUGAAGUUUAAUUGUGAAUUUUUACACAAAACGAAAUCCCGUAUCAAUGGCUAUCAUCAGUGAAUGAUGCCAUACUUUCCUGAAAUAGAUAGUUCUUUAUGUCAUGAUAAUAAGUAUCAUUUUGACAGUUUUAUUAGUUUAAAUUUUGUCAAGUGCCUAUUUUUGCUUUAUCUUGUUUUAUGCAAUGGUUCUAUGGUUAUAUUGAGCUUUUACAUAUCCCUUUCUUGAUUCUAUGCAGGAAAUAUGUAUAAUAACGUGUGGUGCCUAGCACCAUGACUUUGUGGGUACCUCAUAAAUGCUGUAUAAUGUGAGUUGGGGGAGAGACUCCCACAUUUGAUUGUUUGUUUGAUGAUAGAUAAGACAAGGACAAUGUUGAUGACGAAUAAUCUACAAGAGCUUAUUACAAAUAACAGAGAUUUAUUCAGUUGUUGAAAGUACCUUUGCAUUUUAGACAUGCGCUUCUGUACUCAAUAUCCAUAGCUGCGUUCUCAGAAUAUUAAGUAAACAGCUAAUAUUAGUAACCAGAGCAAAGUUAUUAAAUAAUCAUUUAUAAUAGACUAUAACCUUUUAUUUAGUAAUUAUAGCAUAUCAUAACUCUUUGAGGUGAAAACAGACUCUAAAUUGUCCACUGCAAAAAUAAUAGCUGACAUUUAUAUGAUGCUUUACACUAUAUUAUCUCAUUUGGUCCCAAUAAUAGCCUAGUGAAUUAGGUAACUACAGGUAUGAUUAUUCCAAUAUUACAGAUGAGGAAAUUAAAGCUCCAAGAGAGUAAAUGACUUGUCCAU